AGGUGUACCGCGAGUGACAGAGGGGUAUGUGCAAAACUUACAUAACAUAGUCUUGUAGGCCAUAAGUGCCUUUGCACGUGGUCCUGAUGUUUAAACUUUAAUCAAUAACAAUUGGGUGUUUUUUCUUUUACAAAUAUUGGAUAAGUAUAAGCCCGAUAUAUUCCAAAACACAAAAUGAAAUUGUAAUGCUGAACAAAAAUCGCAAGCAUGCACCUUAAUUAAUUGGCCCACGGAACAAUGUUGUUCGGAUAGAACAGAAAUAAUCCAAUAACUGUUCUCCCACCCAUCACCAUAGCCCAUAGCUGAGGACUACCCUCUACCAGGGCCGUAGAUUAAUUAUGUGCACUUUUCUCCUACGCGACAAACAUAUCAGUACAACGGGUAGGUAGGCCUACUGAACUGGGCACGCAUCUCUGCGAUUUACGACACUUACAUCGUCAACGCCGCCACAUUCAACCCUGUGCCGAAAAUAUGCCUAAAAUAGCAGUUAUUGGAGGCGGUGUUGUGGGAAUGUCCACUGCAGUUAACGUGAUCGAGUCAAUUCCUGGCGCCCGAGUUACGGUGUAUGCUGAACGGCUAACCCCGGACACUACCAGCGACGGUGCAGCGGGGAUCUUCCGAGCUGACUGUCCGCCAGGAGUACCGGCUGAAAGGGCUAAGGAAUGGUUGGCUCUUUCCUUUCAACACUAUGGGUCAAUCGCCUACUCAGCAGAGGCAGCAAAAGCUGGAAUUUCUCCGCUAUCCGGGUACGAUAUUUACACUUCAGAGCAGCCUAGUUCAAUGUUGAGCCUUGAAGUUAUAUUUCAAUAUCGGUCGGUGACAAAAGAAGAACUGGCAAAGUUACCCAUGAAUUUUAGGUCUGGUUAUUUCAUGUCGACAGUUUACGUGGAAUGUCAACUGUAUCUACCCUGGCUUAUGAAAAGGUUUGCUUCUCAUGGAGGACGCAUACUCAAACAACGAGUAGAGAAUCUUGAUCAGUUCGUAGGUGAAUACGAUGUGGUCGUGAACUGUGCUGGAGGUGGGAACAAGACCCUCCUCCCAGACCCUGCCGUGUACGGAAUGCGGGGACAGUUGAUUCGAGUCCGAGCGCCGUGGGUGAAGCAGUUCUGUUAUGCAAAUAAGGGGGACCUCGGAUAUAUUAUUCCUAACACUUCUAACGUAGUUCUUGGAGGAACAAGGCAGAGGGAUAACUAUAACCUAGUGCCAAAUGAGGAUGACAAGAAAAUGAUAUGGGAAAAGUGUUGCAAAUUGCAACCGUCUCUCAGGUCGUCAGAAUGGUUGUACGACUGGGUGGGAGUACGGCCUUUUCGAGAACCACUGCGACUUGAAACAGAAACUCGAAAUGUUGGAGGCAAAGUUCAAAAGGUGGUGCACAACUACGGUCACGGUUCAGACGGGGUGGCCAUGAGCUGGGGGACUGCCGUCAAAGCUACCGAACUUGUAAGACAAACACUAGACCCCUCAUCAAAAUUAUAAAUUUCUAGCACACGCGAUGGAUUGGCAUUUUUCUUAUUGGCAAAAAGGGGAAACCAUUUUCGAUUGUAGGAAGUGAUAAAUGAAACAUGAACUAAAGGACGAGUGGCAAUGCAAUAUAGUUCAAAACUGACGGCCAUUGGUAAAAAUGUUUCACAUGGGUGGAGAAACUUACAUACAGAAUCAAUUAAAACAAAUUUCACAAUACAAUUAAAGUCCUUUGCAGUGAUUCAUUUCAAUAAAAUUGACAAUUUAUUAGCUUUACUGAUUGCCUAUUUCAUCAACUUAAUUCACUUAUACAAGCAAACACUGCCGUUAUAAGACAUGUUGAUCAAGUUAGCUUUUUUACUUAAUGCUCGAGAAUCGAUGUUCAAUAAAAUAACAAAUAAUUAAAACACCCAGAUAUAUUUUUUACUUAAAAAGGCAAAGUGUACAGUCUGUCCUUCAAAUUAAUAACAAUAUAGCACAAGAGAAUUGCGGAUAAUCAAUUUUGGCAAGGAUAAAAUCAAGUCCUAACAUUGACAAGUGUGAAAAACAUCAUGAAAUUCAAUGGUAAGAUGCUACAAACAUUAUUAUCUUUUGAUAGUAGUUAUUCAACUUUCAAACAAAAUUUAUCUUUUAAUAGCAGUUUAUUCAACUUUUGAACAAAAUCAUCAGAUUUACUGGUGAGUUAGUUUUUUGGUGUACUUUUCGGUUUUGGAAUGAGUAAAAAAAAAAUCUAAUGUUGU